CGUACAUGCACAACAUGCAAGUGAUGGCUGCGCCCACUAGAUAAUGUCACGUUGUCUGUGCAUCUCGUUUUUCUCCUCAAGUCCUGGUCUCUGGUUCAUGGAAAUGUAUUCAGCCUAGCAGAAGCAGGCUGCUUCCACAUUCUUGUGCGUCCCUGUUACUGCGACCGUGUCCAAAUGAUUCCGACACAGCCCUGUAGCAAAUGACAAUUUGCGAGUUGCGGGCUAAAAAAAACCUUAACUGCGUUUCAUACUGAUCUUAGCCCAACAUCAUGUGGGGCUAGGUGUCAGCCAGCCGACUAAGUAGGAGAAAGAAGGUGAAACAGGAUGUUGGAACUGAAUGGUUAUAUUGGUUUUGAUGCAGACGAUCCGCUAAAGGGUAAUCUGAUUCUUUUGACUGAUUCUUUAACUGAUGGAAGUUUUCUAGUUCACCACUUCCUGUCGACAUUCCUCAAAGCGGGUCAUGAUGUCUGCUUCCUAGCCUUGGCCCAAUCCUUCAGCCAUUAUAAUGCUGUAGCACAGAAGCUGGGGCUCAACCUGGCCUCUCUGAGGGACUCCGGCCAACUGGCAUUCAUCAACGGUUUGGAGUUCUCCCUGCAACUGAUGCAUGCUGGGAUUGACAGCAGCCGGGCUGGUCAGCCAAUUGCAUUGCAGUGUCUUGUCGAUCAGGCAGCAACCAUACAGCCUCUGUACCAUGUCAUCCGAGAUGCUUCAGCCCCUAAACAGAGGGAUCAGAGAAAUACUGGGUCCAGGUUACUAUUAAUCGAUGACCUGAGUGUGCUUAUUUCCUUGGGGCUGAGCGUACAGCAGGUGAUGCAGUUUGUGCACUACUGCCAGGCCUCUCAGCCUGAGACCACCAUCAUUUGUUUGGUUCACCAUGACACUGAUGUCGAUGAUGAAUGCAAUGCCGCUCUAAUCACGCAGCUCAGACACCGAGCCCACUGUGUGCUGCAAGUACAGGGUCUUGACAGUGGCUACUCAAGGGAUGUCCAUGGACAGCUGAAGAUCAGCAAGAGGGAUCCCACUGGAACCACACCAAACCGGAACCAGCCGGACAUUACACUGCAGUACAAAAUACUGGACAAGUCGGUGACUUUUUUCGCCGUGGGCACGUCGUCUGCUGUGUUGUGAAAGCUUGGGAGAGCACACCAAGUUGGUCGGUCACCAGUAGAAAGAGCACGGUGUCAUCAUGCGGUGAUAAAACGCUUCAUGCUUACUAAGUUUAACAGCGUGAGACCUGAUUUGCUAGAGUCGUAACAUUGACUCCACAUGCAUCGUAUCAGAGUCUACACUCUGCCUAUACUUGCAAGGUUUUCCCAGCUUGAAGCCUGAGUGACAACUAUAGAUAAUUAGAGUUAAAGUCAACUAAACACACUAAAAAAGAGUGAACUAAAGGUAACCUGAACAAUGGAUGGAUGAAUUAGUCUUGUCCACUCGUUUGAAACUCGGAGUACUGUGGACCAUUGACUUGAAAUUAGCUGCAUGAAAUGGCAGAGAGUGUACGCGGCGGAGAGAGUUGUAACCAAAGGCAAAGUGAUAGGUGUAAUGGAAUUUGCAAAUUGUUAGACUAGGUCCGUUGCGGUGGGACUGUAUUUUACCGCACAACACUUGCUGUGUUAAUGUUGGCGUGGCCACAGGUUCAAAAUGAUCUGGUUAUAUUAAGAUUUGAAGCCUAGGGAUCUUUUGAAGAGAAAAGCAAAUUGAAGAUCAUUUAUUUAAAUCUCAGGAUAGAAGCUGUUAUGAACAGAGUAAAAAAGUGCAGCUCACCCACCUUUCGUAGCUUGAUUCAGUGGUUCCAAUUGAUUUCAAAAUUGGAUAUUGCAUGUAGCGUUUUUUUUUUCAUCAAGAAAGGAAUUUAUUUCUUUCAGUUACUUAAGUGUUGUAAGAUCAUGUACAUGUUUGUAAGAGGCAUUUAUGAAUUCCAGGUCUUCAGGUAAGACGUGGUUUCAAUGUUUUGUUUGUGACCAUGCUGCACAGACAGGAAGCCACAGCCUGGACUCAUGUGUCACAGGAGAGUUGAAAGGAGAUGAAAACCACCUAUUUACUUCAACAAAGCUCACAAUAAACCCCCCCCCUCUGUUAAUGGUGUAUCACUUAA